CUGAAAACUGCCGGCAUCUAAGGUCUCCUCCAAGGCCCUCUGGAGUCCAGCCCAUAAUGAAGGUCUUGGCGGCAGGAGUCGUGCCCCUGCUGCUGGUUCUGCACUGGAAACACGGGGCAGGGAGCCCCCUUCCCAUCACUCCUGACAACGCGACCUGUGCCACACGCCACCCAUGUCAGAGCAACGUCAUGGACCAGAUCAGGAACCAACUGGUGCAGCUCAACAGCAGUGCCAACGCCCUCUUCGUUCUCUAUUACACAGCCCAAGGGGAGCCGUUCCCCAGCAACCUGGACAAGCUGUGCCGCCCCGAUGUGACAGACUUCCCGCCCUUCCACGCCAAUGGCACAGAGAAGGCCCGGCUGGUGGAGCUGUACCGCAUCGUCGCGUACCUUGGUGCCUCCCUGGGCAACAUCACACGGGACCAGAAGGUCCUCAACCCCAACGCCCGCAGCCUCCAUUGCAAGCUGAACUCCACCUCAGACACCAUGCGGGGCCUCCUGAGCAACGUGCUCUGCCACCUGUGCAGCAAGUACCACGUGGCCAACGUGGACGUGGCCUACGGCCCUGACACCUCGAACAAGGACGCCUUCCAGAAGAAGAAGCUGGGCUGUCAGCUCCUGGGGAAGUAUAAGCAGGUCAUCAAGGUGGUGGCCCAGGCCUUCUAGACGGAGGUCUUGAAGCAUGCAGUGACCUGAGAUCUUAGACUCAGGUGGCUCUCAAACUGCGGCCGGGGCCCAGAGCAUCGCCAAACCCCAGCGGGGGCUGCUGGCAGACCUCGAGGGGUUCCUGGCCAGUCCGCUCCCCUUUGGGGUGGGCUGCCAUGAUUCUGAGCAGAGUCAAAUCUCCCAUAGGCAGGGGCUCUAUACAGCGCCUAGAAGAAGGCGCCCCUUCCUCUGGGAGACUGCAGCCUGGCACCAGGCUGUCAGGCUGUCGAGGGGAGUGUGGGCUGGACUUCUGCCCCCACUUGUCCCCUCGGCCAGGGUCUUUGUGAGCAAACCGCACAAGUUGUCUCCAGCGACCCUGACCACAGGGCAAGACAGCAGGGGUUGGGGGAAAUUUCCCCCUGUAGAAUGACCACCAUCAGUGCCUUUGCUGCCCCUCAGGUAGACUUCGGAAGGUUUGGUUGGGAUUCAGGCAGGCCAGAGGGGCUGGGAUGCCACAGGACUCCUUAGCCCCUACCAGUAUGGUGAUUGCAAGUUCGAGAAGGGAGCUCUGGUUUGAGAUGCUGCCUUCUUUUGAGCAUGACUGGAGAGCUCAGGCCUAGGAACUGUCAGGUGGAAGGUUCCAGAAGGAGGUCACUGGCAUCCAGGCUCUUGGGGAGGGAAAGAGGCCACUUUCAGGCCUGAGAAGGAAAGCACUGGAAGGAAGAAAGGCCUUGAAAGCCUUGGCAGGCUCUCCUCCCUCUUCCCUGCAGUCUUUCCUGCAGCCUGGGAUGGCCAGGGUCUGGUGCCCAGACCUGGAAGUGGGGUUUGUGGAGGUGGGCAGGUUGCAAAGUCAGACGAGGAGGUUCUGAGAGCACCCAGAGUCUUCCUUCUGGGCAAGAGUCUGGAAGGGAGGGGGCAGACAAGGUAGAUCAGAGUGGAAGCUCACAUCUGAGGCCCACGGAGGCCCUGUGAGGUCACACAAAGGUACUUGAGGGGGACCAGAGGCCAUCUCUGGUCCCUAGAGUGAGAGGACAGCAGAACUUGAGGUCAGGGUCUCAGACAAGCCUGAGAUCCAAGAGUGCUGUGUGUCUGACCCAGCAUGAAUGUCUAUUUAUUAUGAUGUCCUAUUUAUAUUAACUUAUUGGUGCUGUAAAUGGCAAAGUUAACUCCCCUUUCCCUGAUCCCUACCCAACAGAAAUAAUAUGAUGGCUCUCUCCGUUGGAGCCAGGGCCAGGCCUUAGCAGGGCCUGGUCUGGAAGUCAAAGAUGUUACAACUGGGAUAAACCUUACAGGUGAAGCUGAGAGAAGGGUCAGGAUCUGAGAGAGCUGGUCAGCCUGGAUGGGGGCAGGGGGCCCCGCUCCAUCCCCCCGCCCCAAAUGUGUCUCUGUUUUGCGGGUAUGGGAUCCUGGCUGCAGAGCAUGCCAGGCAGGUUUGUGGAGUGGCCAGGGCCUUUUUUCCCAGGGCCGCCAUGUUGCUUGGCUCCAGGGGGCUCAUUCCACACUGUGUUCUCUGGCCCCCCUGGAAUUGAGCUGCAAGGGGCAACAUUCGUGGUGGAAAUGGUGCCCCAGGACAGGGGGCAAGGCAGUCCUGGUGGCCCAGCCUGCCUGUCUCCUUGUCUCCACGCUGUGUCUAGACUAGCGGCGGAGGGGCCCUGAAACAGUCCUGCCCCAGCACCCAGCGUGCUCACACACGGGAGGAAGCUCCUUCUCGGGUGGCCCGAGAACACCCACAGAGGGGCCUGGCUGGCCCUCAGGAAGCUGGGGCAGUGCAGGGAGGAGCCCCCUGCUCUGGAGGGAGGACCACGAGGCCCUGGGACACAGACCAGGAAGCUGUGGUCCCUCCUGCCCCACCUCCCCCCACGCCCCCACCCAUGUCUGGGCUCCCAGGCAGGGAAUCCGAUCCUUUCCUUUGUGCCGGGGCCAGGCUAGUGGAGAAACGCCCUCCAGUCUGGGAGCAGGGGAGGAGGGCGCAGGGCUGGGGCAGCUGCUAAGAGCAGCGUUCUGGCUUCUUCUCAAAUCCUGUGCAGGCGGCAGUCCGAGCAGUUCAGCCAACGCGAUUAUGGUACAUUGCUGUCACUUCGCACCUCGCUCUGUCUUCUCUAAGCACUUUACCCACGCCCGCUGAUGGCAGGUGGGCAGGCAGCAGGCAGGACCCAGGCCUGGGGUGGGGGUGGGGGUGGGGGCUGGAGUUGGGAGUUGUCCCUCGCAUUGGCGAGACUAUUUUGUGGCAGGUGGUGGAGGAGACCACGAGGCUCACAUGUUUUCUGACGCUGUCUUAAUGUGGGUCACACUUACCCUGUCCGGGACCUCCGCCUGCUGCCCUGCCAUCACUCUGCUUCUUUGGUGAGCGUGGUUCAGAAGGCUUGGGGCCGGCUGAGUAUCCCAUCAUCUCAUCACCCCGUGGACACGGACUCCCCAUGCCAGUCCCACAGGGGAGCCUCUGAGGCUCGGGGACCAAGAGAAUCUCCUCCCUUGGGCCCCACACAGCCCCCGGCUCCUCUGUGCUCUCGCUGCCCACGCCCACCCCUCCCUAGCCCGGCUCUGCCCCUCAGCACCCAUCCUCAAUGCUCUUUCUAGAACCAGUCUGGCAGAUCGGCACCCACUUUGCACAGCAUCCCUGAAUGAUGGAACCUCUGUGGAAAGAGCUUUGCAGGGCAGGAAGCUGUCCUCUUGCUCGCUUCUCAUCUGCUGGUGUGGACCCACACCUGCAUCCUGGGUCACCGGGAGAGGCCGUCAGCGGAAGAGGGGGUAGGGCAGUCAUUUUGCAGUUUAUCAAGAGAGGAGUUUUGGGGACCUUAUUUAUUUUGAAAAUUUUUAAACAGGAAAGCACUGCUAGUUUAUUUAUCUCUCCUCCUUGUUGUCUUUCUCCUCCCCCUCUCCUUGAUCCCUCCUUGGGGACCCUCCCACCCCAACAACAGAAGCAGUCCAGCUCUGCCCCGCUGGCUCUCCAGAACAGACACAGCACGUGGGGGGGGAGGCCAGAAGGGAAAGUUAAUUUCCCUUGAGAUGGUACAGAUGGUCUUACUUUCCCAUCCUCGCCAGCCCCCAUCCCGAUCCUGUACCUGGGCGUCUCUCCCGUCUACACUGCUAGCUCCCUGCCUCCUUCCCUGGUUCCCUCCUUCCUUUCUACUGGACAAGACUUGGCCUUGGGGACGAAUUCCUCUUUGAUGAAUGUACCCUGUGGGAAUGUUUCAUACUGACAGAUUAUUUUUAUUUAUUCAAUGUCAUAUUUAAAAUAUUUAUUUUUUAUAUUGAAGGAAUAUCUUUUUUUUUUUUAAAGAAAAAAGAGAAAUUAAUAAAGAAUCUGCUCUUG